UUGAGCUAAGUCUCUUUAUAUCCCCACUCAGCCAGCUCAGCCAGGCAAAUCAGGAAGGGAGUUAGGGGAGACUUUGAGAAGAAGUCAGGGAGGAGUCUGGGCAGGUCUAGGAACUACUCGGCAGUACCUGAAAUCAGGCCAGAGAGACCCGCUGGAGGAAGAGAACUCUAGGAGGCAGGAGACUCUAUUCUGUUGGGAUGUGCGUAUGUCCUGCACUCUGGACUGUGGGGAGGAAGCAGAACUGUGGUGGCUUAAGAGUGAUGUCCUAGAACAGCUGGAGUCCUGGAGUGGCCAAGGCUGGGUGUGCCUGGCCAAGGAACGGAGGAAUUGGGUCUGCAGAAAGAGCUUGGCUCCAUUUCGAGUAACAAGAGGAUUCCCAGAACUAGGGCCUGGGCGGAGAGUUGUGAGCCAGGGACGGCCUGGAGGGGGUUGCUUAAAGAGAGAGAAGGGCCUUCGUGGCUAGAGGUCUUCCCGACGAGCCUGUAGGACCACUUGUUGAGGAUUGCUGCUCAGAACUUUGAGCAGGUGAGAUGGCGGAGGAGGAAGGCUUGACAGAGCUGGAACUGGCAAUCUAUGCCCUGGUGUCCAACUUUUUCAAAUACGUAUCCAAGCGCAGCCUCGUUCGGAACAAGAUCAGCAAAAGCAAUUUGCGAAAAAUGCUGCAGAAAGAAUUCCCCCACAUGUUGACAGACACACGCAACAGGAAGGCGGCUGACAAGCUCAUUCAGAACCUGGAUGCCAACAACGACGGGCUCAUCAGUUUUGAGGAGUACUGGACCUUGAUAGGCGGGAUCACCAGCCCCAUCGCCAAGCUCAUACGCCAGCAGGAGCAGCAGAACUGCGACUAGCAGCCCCUUCUUUCUCCUCCAGAACCUCUCCCUCCCCUUCCCAGUGCACCAGGGCAUUCUGGCCUUGAACUUCAGUUCUUCAGGCUCCAGUCUUCUUCCAGGCCCUGCUCUUUCUCACCUUUUCCUUCUCCCCAUGGACUGUUCUUC